ACAACCAGAGAAGAACCUAAAAUAAUAUAAUAUUUUAUUUUUGCACAAACAUUAUUUAUUAUUCUAUAGGUUUUCACACCAAUAGAUGUCCUUUGUUGCAUUACUGCCAUCCAAUGAUUUAGUUAAUAGAUGACAGAGGUUGGGCCACAGGUACUUGAUAAAUAACAAGCAGAGAUAUUGUAAGUUAUUGAUAUCUCCAGCACAGUCCCAGUGUAUAUAACAUUUAAUGUUAUAUUGUUAUAAAUAUUAUAUCUAUAUUGUCAAUGAUAUGAUAGCAACCACUCUAUUAACUUUCUUGUGAUUUCUAUUUCAUUUGCUUCAUUGUGUGAUUCUUGGUAACACCCACUUACCUAUUAAGCACACAACCGGGAAGACUGGUUUGACAGUGAGAAUAGACUACAUAAUUCACAUUCUGUCACACAGAGCAUCAGUCACACAGUUUCACUGGAGCUGUUAGCUUAAGAACCUUGUUUACUUUGUAUUUCUGCCUUUGUGGAUUUUUUAAAUGUAUCUGCUGAUCAAUCUACUUUCUGUUUUCAAAGGUUAACAUAUUUUUGUCUCUUGGGGAAUUACUUAUUUUCAUUACAUCUGUUGAAGAUUUUAUUUUUGAGAACAGAUAAAAACAUGUCUCACCCCAGCACUCUGGACUUAGACAGAUAUAGCAGCUUGGAGAAAGCCCGGCGCUCCACCAGUCGUAACCAACCUCGAGUUCAGGCAAAGUUUGGUGAGGUGCUGUGUGACUUCUGCACAACAAGGAAGCAGAAAGCUGAGAAGUCCUGUUUGGUGUGCCUGGCGUCCUACUGUGAGACUCACCUGCAGUCUCACUAUGACUAUCCUGCCCUGAUGAAGCACAAACUGGUCAAAGCCACAGGUCAGAUGAGAGAGAAGAUCUGUGCUCAGCAUGACAAGCUGCUGGAGGCUUUUUGUCGUACCGAUGAGACGUCUGUGUGCGUGCUGUGCAUGAUGGAUGAACACAAACACCAUGAUAUAGUUCCGGCUGGAACUGAGAGGACUGAGAAACAGAAACAGCUUGGUGUGACACUGCACAAAUCUCAGCAUAGGAUUGACCAGAGGGUUAAAAAGUGGCAGGAUCUUCGUCAAGCAGUGGAAUCACUUAAACAUUCUGCUCAAACUGCUUUAGAAGAGAAUGAGAGGAUCUUCACUGAGAUUCUGCUUACAAUGGAGAGAAAGUACAAUGAGGCCAAGGAGAUGAUCCUCACGCAUGAGAGGACCACAGUGACACGGGCUGAGAUAGUUCUGGGCCGUCUGGAGGAGGAGAUCACCUUGCUGCGGAAAAAACACACUGACCUGGAGAAGCUUUCUCACACUGACGAUCACAUACACUUUCUACAGGGCUGGCAGUCCUUGUCAGGACCCUCAGGAUAUGAAGAUCUCAAUAACAUCAGUGUUGCCCCCAAUUACUCAUUUGACUCUACCAAAAGAGCCAUCGCGGCUCUUAAAGUACAGAUAGAAGAAAUAACCAAGACUGAAAUGAGCAAAAUCUCAGGAGCAGUGAAGGAUGUCUACAUCACACAGGAGGGAGAGACAAAGACAAAAAGAGAGUCGUCUGUAAGGGACGAACCACGGAUGAGAGAAGAACCACGGACAAGAGAAGAACCACGGACAAGAGAAGAACCACGGACAAGAGAGGAUUUUUUGAAAUACUCUUGUCAGUUGAUCCUGGAUGUGAACACCAUCCACCCCAACCUUCACCUGUCUGAGGGCAAUCGAGCAGCUACCAUGAAGACUGAGCCCAAGAACUACCCUGAUCACCCAGACAGGUUUGACCACUGGCAACAGGUUGUCUGCAAGGAGAGCUUGACAGGAAGUCGUAGUUACUGGGAGGUAGACUGGAGAGGAACAGAGAUAGACAUAGCUGUUACUUACAGAGGGAUCCGCCGUAAAGGAAACGCAAAUGAUUGCAGCCUGGGCUGGAACGAAAAGUCUUGGAGUCUGUACUGCUCCGAGUCCAGUUUCUCCUUUGUGCAUGCUAACAAGAGGAAAGACAUUCCAGUUCCGUCCUCGUCUCGCAUUGGUGUCUAUGUAGAUCGGGCAACAGGGACACUUGCAUUUUACAGUGUCUCCAAUGACAUGCAACUACUGCAUAAAGUCAACACCACAUUUACAGAACCUCUGUAUCCAGCUUUUAGUGUAUGGGGCUUUGGUACCACUAUAAGACUGUAGGAGAGUGACCGCAUCUCUGCUUUAUUCCAGUAAAACAUUCCUUAUAUCUAUAUCUAUCUAUAUAAGACUAUACAUAGUGUAGAUUGAUCAUAUGCAUUGACCAUUCAAAGUGUUGAUAGAGUAAUUUGUCAUUAUUUUAUAAGUUAACAUUUUUGUAUAGGUAGAUCACUAAAUUUGUGUAGGGCGGAUUAAGUCUGAAACAGUUCAAAGCUAAAUGUUUAACAUUUAACUUAAAUUAUCAUGUUUUUUUUUCUUAAUUUUCAAAAAAUAUUAUUAAGUAUACAUACUUUAGCUAGUAAACCUCGCUCUGUGACAUAAAUCAGUUGAAAUAGAUUUUUUGUAUCGUUUGUAAAUAUAUUUUUUUAAUCUGUUCAAAUUCUUUGACUUUUUAUCUGAUCUUUUCAAAUCUGCCUUACAGAGCGUGAACCCGAACAAAGUUACUGAAACUUGUGUAAAUGGUGUUAACGUAAACUGAGAGAAUAGUCGUAUUCGUCUUCUGUCUCACUUUAUCUGGAAUUAAAUGUUAACAAUUAAUCUCAGC